UAUUUAGCUUUAAAUGCGCGAUGCAUGUUGAAAAAAGCAGAUACAUUUUGACAGAUUAAAUGGGGGAAUGUGUAGCUACAUGUGGUGUUGAAGAUCUGAGCUGGUAAACUCAAUGUUGUGGGUUCAAAUCCCACCCAAAGAGUGAUCCAUGAUUUGUGUGUCCUCGUGUAAAAUACUUCACCAGCUGUCCUUGUGUGGGUCAUUCUCAGGAAACGGUGCUAUUUGUGAACAGUUGUGAGUCACAGUUAUAAUUUAUAAUCCGAAAUACAUGUUAAAAAUAAAAUGUGUUAUCAGAAUAUCAGCCAAUUUUGAUGUCCAAACUCAUCACCAUUAAAUUUUAGAUGGGGGAGAAAAAAAAAAAAAAAAAUUCCUGGAAAAUUAUUUGGCCUUUAUUAAAAUUAUAAUAUCUUGAUUUAACUAUGUAGUUUAUUUUGAAAAUUUUUUCCACCAAAAAAAAAAAAAUAAAAUAAAUAAAUAAAAAAUCUAUGGUUUCAGUAUAGUCAACCUGCAGUAACCAUGACUUUAAUAACCAUUUAUGCGGUAAGAACCAUUUAAAAAACCAUGGUGUUAUUGUAGUAGAACAUCUAUGUGUUCCUGGCAGAAUGAUUGAUUUUUAUUACCCUAGUUUUGGUUUUCCUGUAUUAUUACUAUGGUUUUGCCACAAAUAUCAUGGUUAAAAAAUGCUUACUGUUGUUAAACCAUGGUAAAUUUUGUGGUUAUGGUUUUGCUACAAAUACCAUACUUCAACUAUGGUUACAGUACACUCAAAACCCUAAUAAGUCCACUGCGCUUAUUUGAGUAAACUCGUUCCCGUAAUUCCAUUGAGUAAUGUGGUCUCCCAAAACUUUAGUAUUUCAGUUCAAUUAACUUGGUGUUUAAGAAGAGUGAACAAGAUGCAAGUACUGUAGACUUAACUCAGAUUUGCUAUUUAAAUGUUGUUGUUUCUACACUUAUUAAUCAUUUUAAUUGAAUUGAUUCAGUUUUAGAUCAAACAAUAGCACAUCUCAAAUAAAGAUGAUUCUUGAUUAUGAAUUCUUAAUAACUAUUUAAAUACCCCCAUUUGUUCCCUCUUACCAAGGAAACAUAAUUAAAUAAUUCAAGCAGCAAGGGAUUGUGGGUAUUCCCCAUAGCCUUAAUUUUGUACUCAAUAGUUUGAGUUAACACUUAAAAUCUUAAGUCUAUGGAACUUUAAUGAACUUAAAUAUUUGGGUUAUGAGCCCAAAACUUGACAUUUCAAGUCAUGUAUAAUUAAGACAACAUGAUAUUUCCAGUAAUGACAACUUUAGGUUUUACAGUGGUAAAACCAUGGUUCAUUUUCAUUUAGGACAGAUAAAGCUAUUGUAAAGAAACCCAAAAUACUUGCGAGAGAACGUAAAACUAUUGCGAAGGAACACAGAAAUAUUUUUAGUUUCUUCUAAAUGUUCCAUAUUUUGAAAGAGAAAUGUCAAUAGUUUUUCUAUUCUGUGAUGUAUUACAAGCCACACCUAAACUAAGUGAUACUAGGGGGCCUGUGUAGCUCAGCGAGUAUUUACGCUGACUACCACCCCUGGAGUCGCGAGUUCAAAUCCAGGGUGUGCUGAGUGACUCCAGCCAGGUCUCCUAAGCAACCAAAUUGGCCCGGUUGCUAGGGAGGGUAGAGUCACAUGGGGUAACCUCCUUGUGGUCGCCAUAAUGUGGUUCUUGCUCACGGUGGGGCGCGUGGUGAGUUGUACGUGGAUGCCGCGGAGAAUAGCGUGGGCCUCCACACGCGCUACUUCUCCGCGGUAACGCGUUCAACAAGCCAUGUGAUAAAAUGCGUGGAUUGACUGUCUCAGAUGCGGAGGCAACUGAGGUUCGUCCUCCGCCACCCGGAUUGAGGCGAGUCACUACGCCAUCACGAGGACUUCGAGCACAUUGGGAACUGGGUAUUCCAAAUUGGGGAGAAAAAAACAACAACAACAAAGUGAUACUACCAGAAUUUGUUCAGCUGUCUAUUUAUAUAAUAUGUUAAUGAAUUCCAGAUUUACUGUAACAGAGUUGAAAUAAUAUUGCACUUAGGGUUAGGCUUAGUACUGAUAAAGAAGAGCAAUAGGAACAUUUCAACAACAUCUUUAAGAUUGGAAGUAAUAGUUUAAGAAAUGGCCACUGGAAAACCCCAUCUUUUCAAAAGCGAAUGAUAAAAAAUAAAACAUGUUUGGGCACAAAUGAGGCCUGUUUCCUGAGAAUGACCCUUGUACCUACAUGGGGUGAUGGAGCCUAGUGGAUAAAGGACUGACAGCUGAAAGAUUAUUGGUUCAAACCAAACAAAGGGUAACCCAUGAGCUAUCAUCAUUGUGCCCUUCAGCAAGGUACAUAACCCCAUGUUGUUCCAUGGCAACUGCCCCUGUAAUUACACUGGACAUCGUCCCGCAAUUGACACUGUCUUCGGUAAGGAAUGGUGCAUGAACCUGUGGAGACACGAGUCAAAUGUUGGUCAAAAGGAGGACACACGUGUAGACUCUUCAGUCAUCACAGGAGAGCCAGUAAAUUUGAUCGAUGACGAACCAGACAUGAUCAUCAUUAAAGAAGAGACAUUUGAGGAUCACUCUGGGAAAAAUAACAAAGAGGAAGAUCAGAGUAACAGUUUGAGAGGACCUGCAGCGGCCAGCAGUGACAGAUGUGUUGCCCAGACUUCUUUGGAUUUUAUGUCAUACACGCUACCUUCAGGUGACCAAGUGAAAUCUAAUGUACAACCCGAAAAACAAACUCUUGACGGAAGACCUUCUACAUACGGAGACAAUGCAACAGGGCCAAAAAUGAACCCUGAUGAAUUUCUUACAUUUUUUCCUAGCAAUGCGAAUUUCAACAGUAUGCAAAACCAGACAACUAUUUCAGAAGAGAAGAAGUAUGAGUGUGUAUUCUGUGGGAAAACCUUCAACUAUUUAAGCUAUCUGAAAGCACACAUGCGAAUACACUCUGGAGAGAAACCCUAUGCCUGUACAGUUUGUGGCAAACGAUUCGCUCAGAAAACAUACCUCAGAAUACACCAGCGCACUCACUCUGGCGAGAGGCCAUACACGUGCAUGGAGUGUGGCAAGAGUUUUUCUCAAAAAUGUUCUCUAAAUGUACAUCUCCGAAGCCACACUGGAGAAAAGCCAUAUAGUUGUGUUGAAUGUGGUAAAAGCUAUGCGUACAAACAUGGUUUUAAUACACACAUGUGCGCUAGUUAAAUUGGAAUAUAUGGAAUCAAAUUAUGCUUGAAUAUAAAAAUUAGUAUUAGUCUGAAACUUAAAAAGUGCUGUUACAAUGGAGUAUUCAUUAUGUUGCCCCAUGAGCUAUUUAAAAUAUAGAUUUUUCCUAAAAGGUGCAUAUAUGUUUAUGUUUAUGAAGAUUCACAGCUAUCAAGUCAUUAUAGAAUGUAAGGCUGUUGAACAUGGGCAUAAACAUGUCAAGAUGCUCUUGAAUAAAAUGUUACUUGACAUUAAAUAAGUGCAAACCAUGCAAACAGCUAAUUACAUACUGUUGUUUGCUUACAUGUGCAGUAUAUGGACUAUCAUACAACUCUUACCAACACUAAAGAGAACAACUUCCCCAUUUUAAUUUCCAUUGAUUACAAGCAAUAUCUAAUUGGACACUAAUAUCACCAUGAACACUCUUCACAGGGCAUAUGAAAUCUGUUCUGGUGUCUAGAUCACCAGGUAAAAGCAACUUUGUAGGCAAAGGAAUAACCACAAACUUGUUCUUUCUGCAAAUUUCAGUGAUGUUUUAAAUUAUGGGGAAUUUUAUACCUGAAUGGAGUUACAUUAUUAUAUUUUUACUAUUUGAAAUCUUCUGUAAUUUAAAUUUUAAAACCAUUGUUGUUAUUAUCCACUCAACAGAUUCUCUGAAUAAAAUAUUACAGUUUUUAUUGACUAAGUGAUACAUUUGUAGUAACCGAUAAUCAAAAAUGCAUUUUUUUUUUCAAAUGUUUAAGCAUAAUUUCAAUUGACUUACACAUGCAAUUAAUUCAACUGACAAUACACAAAAUCAUAAAGAAACUUUUUCACCACACCUAAUAAUUGUUUCAUCUAGAAAUACUUUUCAUAUACAGUAAGUGCCUUUCACACUGAAAUUCACAUGAAAUUUUGUUACACAAUCAUAUUUUAAAGCUACUGUAAUCGCACAAACUGAUGUUUACGCCUCUCAUUCACACUAGAACAGCGCUUUCCUUUAACAGAAACUUGAGACUUUUGAAAAUGCACUCCAUAAAUGCAUCCUUUGGAAAACGACGUUUGGAAAUUGAAAACUUAAACAGAUUAGUGUGGAUGUGGCCUUAGGCUCUCGAUUUAAUGUGUUAAUUUAGUGUGAUUAAUAAUGUAAAAGGUAAUACGUUAAAAAACGCAAUCAUACCCCUGUGCAUAAAUUCCGCAAUAAGGAAUUUUCCUUCCAUUGAAGAAAUUCAAGCUUGAAGUACAACCUUUACAUUUUUUGUAAGUAGCAGUAAGCAGGAGGCAGUCAGCGCAACUCCAGCUCUACAGGUAAACAUACCAAGAGCUGGGGUCUCAAAAUAAAUUUUUCAAAGUUUCAAACUAUCUUUAACUUGACACAGCGUCCUAAAAUUGCGGAGUUAUGACGCAAGACAUGACACAAACAAAAUGAUACGCUCCAAAAGCAUCCGUCUGACAUGUGUACCAACAAAAAUAGUGCUGAUGGAACGUUAAAACACAUCCUGUGAGAAAAGCUCUUUAGUCUACAUCAGACAGAUUGACGCAUUUAAUUAUAAAAUGGAUUGCUAGGGAGGGGGCCUGGGUAGCUCAGGGAGUGUUGACACUGACUACCACCCCUGGAGUCAUUAGUUUGAAUCCAGGGUGUGCUGAGUGACUCCAGUCAGGUCUCCUAACCAACCAAAUUGGCCCAGUUGCUAGGGAGGGUAGAGUCACAUGGGGUAAACUUCUCGUGAUCGCGAUUAGGGGUUCUCGCUGUCAAUGGGGCGCGUGGUAAGUUGUGCGUGGAUUGCGGAGAGUAGCAGGAGCCUCCACAUGCGGAGUCUCCACGGUGUCAUGCACAACGAGCCAUGUGAUAAGAUGCACGGAUUGACGGUCCAGAAGCGGAGGCAACUGAGACUUGUCCACUGCCACUCAGAUUGAGGGCAACCCAUAUAUGGGCAGCAGGAAGCUGAGAGCGUCAGUUUGACAGAUAUCAGUUUGUUGUGUGAGAACGCUUUUUUGCCAGCAUUGCUUUCGAUUAUUAAAGUCAUAGUACCUAUACAAGGUCAGUGUAACUGUGUGGGUUUGCUGUUAUAAAAUUGCUUGUUUGCUUUAUUAAUUUAUAUCAGCGGCUAAGUCUGGUGGAAGUUCCAGAAUGGCUAACAUCAUUUACAGCUUUAAUAUUGUUGCUUGUAUUAUUAUUAUUGUUGCUGUGUCUUUGUGAAUGUCAGUGGCUUUCACAGGUGUAAUACUAGAAGAUUAAAAGCUUAAUCUUCAAUCAUUAAAUGCAGAUGAAUCAUUACAAAUCCAAGACUACAUAUCUAAGUUUAAAAACAUGUUUGUUGUUCCUUUCAAACAGAACAGCUGACUGAUGGGGAAACCCUGAUGGGUUUAACAGAGAAGAUGGUGGAAAAUCUAUUCCCCACAGUGAAACAGCCAAAUACAUUUCUAAAAGAACUGGAACAUGAUGUGGAAACAUCCUCAGGGUUGCAAAUUCAGCUCACUCAGCAAAGAUCCAGCGAGACUUGGCCAGCAGUUUUUAGCCUUCCUGCUUUUCCUCAACAAAUUCAUGAGGCACUGCAGAGGAAGGAUCCGUCCUUGAAGAAAAAAGGCAAAUCACGUUUACGGUCCCUCUUAAUUCAAGUGUUGUUUGAUAACAUCACCAAACACACAUGGUAUCCAAACCACACAAUAUAUGCUGAUGUUCUGGGGAGUCUGAUUACAAAAUUUCCUUUCUUGAAAGAUUGCAGUGCCUCUGGUCAUGAUACCCUCCUACAAUGUCUGCGGAACAAAUUUAAAAAAGAGCGAAUUUCUUUAGUGAGAUCAUCAACAAUUCAAGAACUUGGCGUUAAAAGAAAUCUGAUGGAUCACACUUCUUCUGAUGGCCUUGGCUUUGAAGAGGAGCAUGCAAAAAGACGAAAGACUACUCAUCCCAUUUACACCCAAGAGAACCUAGAAAAUAUGGGGGAAGAUGAAACAAGCUUCCAGGAGCACAUCAGUGCUAUAAAUACUGAACUACGCAGAGGGCAGCCAGACUACACAGAAAUAAAGAAUCACAUGAGGCAAACUCUUUUCAAAAGACUUGAAUUAAUGGAAAAACCAACAAAGGAGGUUAUGGACAUGUUCCCAUUUCUUGGGGUUCCACAACUUGUGCUUCAUGAAAUAAAGAUACGUUUUGGAAUGGACCUUCACAUUAAUUUAGAGAAUGCUCUUCAGGCUCUGGCCCCUAAAAUCUUAAGAGUGGCAAGAAGUGGAUGUCAAAGUGAACUAUUGACAAAUUUACUUCUAAAUAUCGAUCCAAGCACAAAAGAUCUGGAAAAGAAUGCAGCAUUACUCAUUUUGCCAUCAUUAUUCCAAGAAAACGCCAAGUUUCUCUUCUGCCAAGAAAAUGAAUCAGCAAGGCCAACCCCAACAAUAAUUUUUCAUGGAGCAUCAAACCCUCUAGAUGCAAAAAGAGCCAGUAUCAGAAUGGAUGGUGUCACUAUCAUCACUGAUGACAUGGGGAUGACAGAAGCUCUGGAGUGUCUCUUUGCUGUCUAUUUCAUAUUCAGUGUAGAGUAUCCAAAACCUAUCACUCACACAAUGAAUUUCAUUGAGCACUAUCUGUUUAAACUUUACAGUGGCCACAAAAAAAUUGUCUAUACCAGUUCUUAAAAUGUACAACCAACUGUCAUAAUUAAAGACAGUACAUUGUUAUGUAAUGCUGCAUUGAGUGUGUUCUUAUAUUGUCAUUUAUAGUUUAAUCUUGUUUGUGGUUAAUGUUUUCAUUUAUACUGUAAAAUGCACUGAUUUAAUGUUACAUUUUUAAUGCUAAUGUGAAAUUGUUGUUAAUGUUUAAAUUACAAUGACAUGUUGUUAAUCUUUAAUGCUGAUGUGAAAUUUAAUUUGAUUUGAACCAUUUUACAGUAGGUCUCAAAAGGUAUUAGUACACCAUCAGAAAGGGGUUUUAUUUUAUAUAAAGUAAAAUAUUGUUAUAAGUUGAACUCAUUAUUCAAGAAAAUAUUAUUUAACACCAACACAAUUGGUGAAAUGUUUUAUUCUUUAUAUCUAUUUGUUAAAUCUUUGUGAUUUACUGUAUGAAACACCUUUUGCUUAUAAAUUGCUAAAAUUGCUGUGACACAAUA